AUGUUUGCUAAUAAAAAUUACGAGGAAGACAUAAGAUACACAAUGCAACUGAAUCGCUUCGUUUUUCGUCUGUUGGGUAUCUGGCCGUACAUGGAGACGAAACCCUCGUUCUUCGAGAAUUUCCGGAGAAUUUUGCUGAUCCUUGGCUGCUACUUCCUCCUCUGCUGCGAGUUGAUCCCGACGAUUCUGUACAUAAUCUUCGUCGAGAAGCGAACUCGCAUCAGACUGAAUCUGAUAUCGUCGGUGAUGUUCACGAUAUUGGCGAUGCUCAAGUACAGCAACCUGAUGCUCAGCGGGAAUCGAGUGAGAACGUGUUUGUUGCGAGUGAAAGACGAUUGGCGAAACGUCGCAAGCGUACGCGCUCGCGACUCCAUGAUCGACAAAGCCAGAACUGCCAGACGUUUGCUCAUUCUGUGCGGUGUGUUCAUGUACUCGUCCGGUUUGUAUUUUCGCACGAUUGUGCCGCUGAGCAGAGGGAAAUCCGUCACGGAACAGAACGUCACAAUCGGAUACCUAGCGUGUCCGAGUUACUUCGUUUUCUUCAACGGACAGAUCAGUCCCGCGUACGAAGUCAUAUUCUUUAUACAGCUCUUCUCCGGAUUCAUCAAGUAUACCAUCACCGUGGCGAUCUGCAGCCUGGCCGCGCUCUUUGCUAUGCAUCUGUGCGCUCAGUUGGAAAUACUGAUGAUGUUGAUGAACAAUCUGGUGAGCGAACCUGAAGCCAAAAAUUUAAACGAGAGACUGGCAGUAACGGUAGAACAUCAAAUCAAGAUGAGACGUUUCUUACAAUUGGUGCAGAACACUUUGGAAUUUACGAGUCUGUUGGAAGUGAUGGGAUGUACGAUGAUUGUGUGUCUCUUAGGACAUAGUGUUCUGACGGAAUGGGAGAAUAAAAACGUGAUCGUUAUGUGCUCGUAUCUCAUUUUACUUACGUCAAUUGGAUUUAAUAUUUUCAUUUUUUGUUUUAUCGGUGAACAACUGUCAAUUGAGGGAGAGAAAUUAGCUUUAACAGCGUGUACGUUGACUUGGUACCGUCUUCCGGAUGCGAAAGUACGAGCGCUGAUCUUGAUCAUAGCCAUGUCGAUUGUUCCGACAAAACUGAAAGCCGGAAAAUUCGUCGAGCUCUCUAUCAGAACCUUCGGCGAUGUCGUCAAGACAGCUGUGACGUAUUUUAAUCUUAUUCGAAGAAUUAUGGAAUAA